UUUGUUGCUUUUUAAAAACUUUGGAGCCUUGCCUAGCUGUUUAUUAGAACGUCUGUCCUGGCAUCUUUUCGUUUUUUAUUGGUUAAAAUAAGAGAAUGUCUGUACAAAAGAGAAGCCCUGAUUUCUUCCAACAAUUGCACUGAUUCAAGCAGAAGGUGAAAUCAGUUUUUCAUAUUCAUGUUAUUUAUUGGACUGCUUUACUUUAACACAUUAGCAUGGUCAUUACUAAAACUGUGUAACAUCAAAAAUCCUAAACCAGGAAGGCUAGUAAUAACAUGGGAGUUUCUUCUAAGCAUUUAGGACUGCUUCUGUUGCUCCUGUGAAGCAACCAAUAGAGAGUUAAAUGCAAGCUUCAAAUUAAAAGCUGAAUACAUCACAUCAGAAUCUCUAAAGGGAUUUUUAAACAACUGCUUUGCAGUACGAACCAGUUAUAGACAGCAAAAACAGUUCAUGGUCCUCACGCCCUUGAAAGAGUAACCCAGGGAAAAGAUAGUAAUCUGAGGGAAUUGAUUCAUCAGAAAUUAAGAAUAAUUAAAUAUGGCUAAGUUCAACGAAUGAAUAUGGAGUGGGAGAUAAGAUGCCUGUUAAAAAGUGCACAAAACCAGAAGGUAUACCUUAUUAGCAUUACCCUACUUUGGCUUUUGCUAAACAAUGCUAUGCUGCACAUCUUGAAGAGACUUGACAGAAGUUGUGGAGGUCUGAGGUUAAGCUAUCGCCUGUGAAAGGUGUCACUGCUUGAACUAGCUGAACAAAUUAUUUCCUUUUUCCUGUGGACACCUCUUCCUUGAUGACUUCUGUUCCCUGUAUAUGGCAUGUUCCAAUCUAAUGAAUGCCUGAAGGGGCUAAGGACAUCUCAACGUGCUAUUAAAUGAGGACUACAGUAGAACUGCUUGGUGUGUGAAGAGGGCUAAAAGUCACUAUGAAAAAUUCCAACCAGGAAUCCAGGUCAUGGAGUGGCAUGUUUCCCUUCCCACUCUUGAUUCUACACGCCACUUCCAUUAUGUCCUGCUGGCCCAGAGAGGGCAGCUACGUGACCACAUCAAGAACCUCCACGAGAUCUCACGGAGAAUCAACAAACUGCACAGGCGCUCUCUGAUUGCCAAUUUCGCUGGGAGUUCUUUAAGUGCAGCCGGCGCAAUCACAGCCAUUGUGGGGCUGUCCCUGAGCCCUGCUACUUUGGGGGCAUCUCUUCUGGCUUCUGGUGUGGGGUUAGGAGUGGCGGCUGCAGGAGGAGCAGUCACGGUGACCUGGGAUCUCUCCUCAGCGCUCUCCAAUUCCAGGGAAGUGAAGAGAGUAAAGGAGAUUGCCCUGGCCUGCCACAGCCAGAUGAGGGAACUGAUGCAUUGCCUGGAAUUCCUGCACUGCAAACAAGGCACCAUGGACAUCACCUUACAGCAGGCUGAGAGAAAUGCUUGUGUUGCACUGUAUAACUCCAUCUGCUUCAUGGUGUUCUGCGGCUCACAAGGCUUCUUGGUCCCAGAACACACAGAAGAGGUGACAAAAGCAAGCCAUGUGGUGCUCAAGGCAAAAGUCCAGAAGUUGGCAGAAAACUUGGAAGCCUGUGCAAGACCAAUGGAUGAAAUCUGUGAACUUCUAGAGACCAGGAAAGAAUUUCCCUGGAAGACAAGAACACCAGCAUCCUGGGAUGGCAGGCAUCAGAAUCGCUCCUGAGCAAUGCUUUCCCGGCUCAAACCUCUGGUUACAGCAGGGGCUAAAAGGAACUAAGUACACUGUGUGGUUAUUGCCAGUUGUGACAAUUAAGGUUGUGCCUGACUGGGAAUUUCUUCAGGCAUCAAAUGUAUACAUGCUGUACCAAAGCAAGGGCAGCCCUUCCGUGAGGCAAGGUGAGGCAAUUGCCUCAGGCAGCAGAUUAUUGGCUCCCCAGCAAGGCGGCAAGAUACUUUCCUGCCCCCUACUUUUAAUAAAGGGAAAGAGGUGAGAAGGGUAUACACAAGUGGGGGGCGGGGCAUGGUCACCUCAAGGUCUCUGUUGGCCUUUGGCAGCCUGCCUCAGGCAAACAGAGCUCUUGAGCCCAAGGUUUGCUGCCCACACACUAGCAGAGCUUAGCCUGUACUGCUUUCCUGCGGAAGUGGAUGGCAAAUGGGGACAGGAGCUAGACCAGCCUGAUCUAUAGUGCCAGCACAAUUCCUAGUUUUGGUGUCCAUACGAGGUGCAUCAUAGCUGGAUUGGAGGAAUGCUUCCCAUAUUUCUGGCCUGAUGCUAGAAGAACACUGAACUGGAAAUGGAGAAUGCUUCCAUCCGCAUACGCUCGUAAAUCAAGUGUCGGCAACCCACUCUUGCUAGCACAAGAAAAAAAACCAAACAGCUGGAGAUUCCAGAACCUGUAGUUUACAAAGCUCAGCAUUGCAGAUAAUCAGGGAUUAAAGGCUACUUAGCUUGUAUGUACUUGAAUCCUUCCUGGUGAUGCUCUUAGAAGCAGAUGGGAAUUGGUCUGCCUAGCAAUUUUGCUGUGCUGCUGCCCCUUGACUUCAUAGUCUGUUACACCUUCUUCCUAGCUUUACCUGUCUCCAAUAUGCCCUUUCCAUAGCACAUGCUCAGGAACAUGUCAUGAACCUCAAUAUAUUGUUGUAUUUAUUUGCUAUUUAAAACAUUUUUGAAGUUUAUAAUAAUAGUCAUUCCAAGAUGGAAGCACUUGCUCCACUGGGCCAGAAUUCAUUAAACCAACAUGAAGACA